CGCAGGAGGAAAAUUACUCGGACCCUUUUUCUUUAGUAGGGUUUUUAGGGCUUUUCCAUCCAUAUUUAUUCACUUGGCUCAGCCCCUCAGAAGCAGUCUUCUUCUUCUUCAUUUCAAUUUGCACUUCGCCAUGUGGGCACUUCGCCGAGCUUCUGCUACCCUCAGGAAGCAAAGGUUGAGCAUAGAAAGUACUCAAAUUAGGUUUGGUAUACCAUGUGUAUCAAAUAGUUUACCAGAAGACUGUGAUGUGGGAGUUCAUACUCCUGCUGAAUUCGAGAGUCAUAAGUUUCUAUCACUAAAAAGUUUCCAUAAGAAGGCUGGUAGUUCGCCUGCAGCAUUAUGGGGCACGUGCAGAUUCUCCUCACAUGCAGAAACAAAGAACAGUGGUCGGGAUGGCGAUGAGACGGAAGAUGGAUUUUCGGAUCUUGAUUCUCUUGCAUCCGAAAAUGAUAUUGCAGAUAAAAAUGAGGAGUCAGACUCAGAGUCAGACCUAUCUGAUGAGGCUGUUGAUGAUUUAGAGCAUGGAAUUGAGGAUUCACAGGAUCUGGUGGAUACUAAAACCCCAUUUGCCAAGAAAAGAUUUGGAUCAACAUUGUUCAAGGAAUUUUUGGAUGAUCCAGCAUCAACAGUAGAUUCAAUCGUGACUAAAUGGAAAAACAAAGGGAAUGAUUUGACUCGCUCAGAACUAACAGAAGUAAUGACGGGCUUUCGUAGAAGGCGCAUGUUUGGGAAAGCACUGAAGCUUUCUGAGUGGAUGGAGUCAUGUGAGGAGAUUGAAUUCACUGAUAGAGAUUUUGCAUCUCGUGUUGAUUUAAUUGCCAAAAUGCGUGAUUUACAUAGGGCAGAGGCCUUUUUGCAGAAGAUUCCAAAAGAAUUUCGCGGUGAACUUGCAUAUCGAGCUUUCUUAGCUAACUGUGUUUAUGCAGUCAAUGUGAAGAAAGCCGAAGAGACAUUCAAUAAAAUGAAGGAACUUGGCUUCCCAAUCUCAUGCUUUGCUUUCAACCAGCUGCUUCUUCUCUACAAAAGAACUGACAAGAAGAAGAUUGCAGAUGUUCUUUUACUCAUGGAAAAACACGGAGUGAAGCCAUCUCGCUUUACAUACAAAGUAUUGAUUGAUGUCAAGGGGCAAGCCAAUGAUAUAGAUGGCAUGGAAAAAAUCAUAGAGACAAUGAAAAGCGAGGGAAUGAAUCCUCCUAUCUCCGUAAAAGCAUCAAUAGCCAAAUACUACAUUGCUGGUGGUCACAAUGAGAAAGCCGAGGCUGUACUUAAAGACAUGGAAGGAGGCGACGCGAUGGAAACCCGCUUUGCACGCCCAUAUUUCCUCUCCCUCUAUGCUUCCCUCGGCAAGGCUGAUGAAGUCAGCAGAAUCUGGCAAGAUUGCAAAUCCAAACCCAGGGUAGACGAGGCUCUGUCUGCCAUUCGUGCUUGGGGAAGUUUGAAGAAGUUCGACGAGGCAGAAGAGGCCUUUGAGGCAUUGAUAGACAAGUUCAAAAACUCCAAAAGCCUCACUUCAAAAGCUUACAAUGUUUUAUUGAGUGUUUAUGCAGAUAACAAGAUGUUGGAGAAGGGAAAGGAGCUUGUGAAGAGGAUGGGACAAAGCCAUUGCAAUGCAGGGCCAUUGAUUUGGGACACGCUUGUUCAGCUCUAUUGCAAUGCUGGAGAACUGGAAGGUGCCGAUUCCAUACUGAAAAACGCUGGAAGUAAGGGCAAACCAAAGCCUCUGUACAGGACCUAUUCUACCGUUAUGGAGGAAUACUCAAAGAAAGGGGACGUUCACAACUGUGAGAAGAUAUUCUACAGAAUGAGACAGGUAGGGUAUACCUCCAGGUUUAGGCAGUUCGAAACACUUAUAAAGGCAUAUGUGAAUGCGAAGGCUCCUGCCUAUGGAAUGGCCGAGAGGAUGAAGGCGGAUAACAUUUUCCCAAACAAGGCAUUGGCCGGUUUGAUUAACCAGGUUGAUGCUUUCAGGCAGACGUCCUGGUCGGAGAUACUGGACUGAUCAGUUUGUUUCCGUUGUGGCAACUGGAAACAACUGCAGAGUUGCAGACUUGUGUUUUUUGAUCAUUAGUAAGUUUUUUUUUUGAUUGACCUUAGGUUAUGGAUGUUUAAUGGGUUGUCUUGUCUUGUAUUUCCACCAUCAGACAAUCUGAUCUGCGUUUCAAUUUCUUUGUUUGAAUAUUUCUUGUCUCAAAGUAUUCGUUAUUCGUUCAGUUUGAAUAUUUCUCCGCCGCGGUUUGCUUUCGUUAACAUAAACAUGAUGGGCUCUU